AUGUCCACCAAAGUCGAUGUCCUGAUAUGCGGGAGCGGCUCGGCGGGCCUCUGCGCCGCCAUCUGCCUCGCGCGGCACGGCGUCGACUACAGGGUGCUGGAGCGACGGCCCGGCGCGCUGGAGGUCGGCAUAGACGAGGACACGCUCAAGGAAGCCCACCACCCGGAUGUCAUUCUUAACCAGGCGAGGCUGAAUGAGCUGAUGAUUGGGGAGCUGGGGAGGAGUGGAGUGCCGCCGAUCGAGUAUGGGUACGAGGUGAGGAGCAUCGAGGUUGAUGAGGCGAUGGCGGGGGACCCCGACGCAAACUGUGUUUGGGUCACGGCUGUGAGGAACGGGGUGGAGGAGGUUUAUGAUGCGAAAUACGUAUUGUUCCCCAGCACUCAGGUCGUGCGAUUCCGUGAUGCCCGCGCCGUCCAGCUGCUGAAGGCGCUGCCGGCCGACUGUUUGCACAAGGUCUUCGUCGAUGAAGAGAGCUACAACUCUGGCCACGGACUCGUAUAUGACAGUUACAGGAUUGACCCCAAGGUCGGUGCGUUGCUGGUUGUGCGGCCGGAUCAAUACACGGCCAAGAUCUGUGCACUUGAAGAUGUCGACAAGAUUGGCGACUUCUUCUCCGGUUUCCUCUUGCCAGUCGAGAGCUUGGAGACAUGAAAAUAGGAAGGGGGGUGUCAUAUAAUUACCAGGCGAGUCCGGAG